CACAAGACCGAGAGCAAGAUGAAGACGGAGGCUGCUGCAACAACUCUAACCAUCCCCUGGAUUGUAUUGCUCCUGGGUCUCAGUUCCUACAACUCAGGUGGGGUGUUGGCGGUGAAUAUGAGCAUCCCUAACACCCUCCUCAGAGGCACCGUUGGGGGGGAAGCCGUUCUCUCCGUCUGCUACAACAGCUUCAGUCUGGAUCUGCCCGUCAUCAAGUGGCAGCUGAAGAGGGAGAAGUCCAUCACUGUGGUCCAGUCGAUAGGAACCGACAUCAUUGGGACGCUGAGGCCGGAGUAUCGAGACCGAAUCCUGGUGUUUGAGAACGGGACUCUGCUCCUCCACAACCUCCGACUCUCCGACAACGGGACGUACGACGUGGAGAUCUCCAUCACAGACGAUACGUUCACUGGAGAGGGAAGCAUCACACUGACCGUGGAUGAGUCUAUAUCCAGGCCCUUCAUCCACAUGGAGACGACAUCGGUUCUGGAGCUCAGUGAAAACGUGGUCCUGAACUGCUCCCAUGAUAAUGGCACCAAGACUGCAUACAGGUGGUUCAAAGGGGGGAAGCAGCUGAGCAACAUGACGCGGUUCGUGUUUUCUCCGGAUCAGAAGUUCCUGACCAUCAUGCGAGUCUUGAUGGCAGACGACGAUAUCUACAUCUGCAUGGUGGAGAAUCCUGUAGGCAACAUGACGAGCCUGCCCAUCAAACUGACCGUCUACAGAAGGAGUUCGCUCUACAUCAUCCUCUCCACUGGAGGCAUCUUCCUCCUCAUCACGCUGGUCACAAUAUGUGCCUGCUGGACGCCUAACAAAAAGCAAAGGCACCACCACCCAGCUGGAAACCCUGUCUACAGAUACAAUGACUACUCUGAUUGCUUACGAAUCACUCACACAGAUGAUUUGCUUCCCAAAAGGACGGAGCGUAAUGGAAUCAAUGCUGUGACGUCGCUUUACGUCCUGCAGCAGAAGGAACCUUCCCUCGAUGACUCCUCCUCCAACAACAGUAUUGGAUCUCCUGAAUCGGACAACCCUCCAUGCUACACCAGUUCCCCAAAACUCAACGGUUCUCUCACACCUGCCCGCUCGUCCAUCAGGUUGACCUGAAAGCCUGUCAGUUUCAACUCUCCAAACAGCAGCAGGUGUCCUUCUGAUACUCUCCUGAAUCCAGAAAGCAUUUUACUGCAAAUCUGCCUGGAUCUCAGGAAGGACCUCAAAACCAUUUCCUGAGGUUUCUCUAUAUAAUGUGAUCGACUGGUGCAAGGUAAAAGGUACUAAAACAAAGAUGUAGGUUGGCAUUUUAGCAUUUCCUGCUCCCUUGUCUUGAAGUCAAUGGUUUUCUGAAUGUGUUUUUGGUUGUUAGCCUGAGAUAAGGUCUGUGGUUAACACAAGCUGAAGAGAUUUCAACGUUUUGUUCUAUAAAAUGCACAAGUAAAUACCCCACUGGGGAAUUUAAAAACAGAGGUUGCUAACAAGUGUCUUAAUGAGACGACUAAACGUCAUCACGCCCAACAUUAGCCACCUUUAGCUUAG